AUGCCGGAGAAGGAGAAGGAAAAAGAUCCACAACAAGAGAUUAAAGAAGAGACUAAUCUGUUGCUUGAUGAUUCUCAUCCCUACAGUGAAUUGAGGCUGCGGAAAGUGACGGCGAGGGUGCGGAAGAAGAUCCAUUUGUAUAAGUGUAGAAAAGGUCUGAUCGAUGUAUUCAAAUCUCGGUGGUUGGUAGCAGAAUCAGCUCGAGAGACGGUGCGGGAGAUGGAGAUCCAUCUGUAUAAGUGUGGAAAAGGUCUUAUUGAUGCGUUCAAGUCGAAUCUUGGUGGUUGGGAGCAGGAUCAGCUCGAGGUUCGAACUAUUCUCGAGAAAUAUAGAUUAAAAUCCAUCUUUGCUUUCAACGUUUACAAAUGUCGCUUCGAACUAUUCUCGAGAAAUAUGGUUAUUUAUCACCCAAAAUAA